ACAGUGACAGCGUUGCAAUCAUUCGCGUGUUUUUACUGCUGGGGACAAAAAUGUUACCCCCGCGGCGUUGUUGUUACUCCGAUGUUACCGCCAACAUCAGGGCGCUGACUCCCCGCGUGUACCUCAGUGACUUACGUCGCGGACCCGGGGGGCGGGAAGCUCGUGCAGUGCUUGGGCCGCGCGCCGCCGCCGCCCUUGGCGUCAGGCGGCUGGUGCUGCGGUUGGCUGGCGCGCGGGCCGUGCCCCUCCCGCCCAAUGACAGCGCGCUCCGCCGGCGAGGGCGACCCGGGCUCCGGGCAGUUGGCGGGGGAGCGCGGUGCGCGAGCGGAGUCAGUUGAGCGCGCGUCACGCCUGCAUCCGUCUCGACCCGGGUUGGUGGCGGGCGGUUAACCAAGAGCUGACAGCAGCGGAGAACGGGGGCAGCUCAUCUUGUGCCGACUUUCUUCGAUGCAAGAGAGAACUAAGAAGACGACGAAUCAGAGGAGCGGGACAAACAUCUGCGCUGUUAUCUGGGCGAUUAGUGACUUGUACCUUUGUUUAGAUCCCCCGACUCCCCAGCCCUUCGCUUCCCUGUCUUGUAUCUAAUUCUCAUAUCUCCGCACCCUCCUCUGCCCCUCCACGUUUGCAUCCCCCCAAAACCCUCCUGUGUCCAGUGAGCAGCAGCUUGUCCCUUCGUGCAACCUCAGCAUCAUCCAAAUGUGCCGCCUCAUUGUGAGAGAGUGAGCCGCGACAGUGCAUGGUGUGCGUGUGUUUGCGGAAGGGCAUGAUUUCAGUAUUUCCUUGUGCUUUCAAGAGUUGAAACAACAGAAUGAGUAAAUCAGACUCCAAAGUAGCUGAAGGGGGACUCAACGUCACUCUUACAAUCCGCCUACUUAUGCAUGGAAAGGAGAAGAUCUCCUUUAGAAAGCCCUUCGCACAGAUGGUCUGGGUCUCUUUAACUUCAUGCUGCUCUGUGAUGGAGGAAGUUGGAAGCAUCAUUGGAAAGAAAGGAGAGACAGUGAAAAAGAUGAGAGAGGAGAGUAGUGCAAGAAUCAACAUUUCAGAGGGAUCCUGUCCGGAGCGCAUUGUAACGAUAACAGGCCCAACAGAUGCCAUUUUCAAGGCCUUUUCGAUGAUAGCAAACAAAUUUGAAGAGGAUAUAAAUGCUUCAAUGACAAAUAGUACAGUGGCAAGCAAACCACCUGUGACGUUACGUCUGGUUGUUCCAGCAAGCCAAUGUGGUUCUCUCAUAGGCAAAGGAGGUUCAAAGAUUAAAGAAAUCCGUGAGACCACAGGGGCCCAGGUACAGGUAGCAGGUGAUAUGCUUCCAAACUCCACAGAACGGGCAGUUACUAUUUCCGGCACACCAGAUGCCAUCAUUCAAUGUGUAAAACAGAUCUGUGUGGUGAUGCUAGAGUCCCCACCUAAAGGUGCCACAAUUCCCUAUCGCCCAAAGCCUGCCUCUGCACCCGUCAUUUUUGCAGGUGGCCAGGUAAGAGCAGACAACAUUUUGGCUUCUGCGGGAAACCACAGCAUCUUGGCCCACCAUCAGCCAGCACCUGCAUACACAGUUCAGGGACAGUAUGCAAUUCCUCAUCCAGACUUGACCAAGCUUCACCAGUUGGCUAUGCAGCAUACCCCUUUUACUCCCCUUGGGCAGACCACCCCUGGUUUCCCUGGACUGGAUGCUACAGGUCAGACCAGUUCCCAUGAACUUACUAUUCCAAAUGAUUUAAUAGGAUGUAUUAUUGGCAGACAAGGAAGCAAAAUAAAUGAAAUUAGACAGAUGUCAGGAGCACAAAUCAAAAUUGCAAAUGCAACAGAAGGUUCCACAGAGCGACAGAUUACCAUCACAGGAUCCCCUGCCAAUAUUAGCCUGGCACAGUACCUUAUAAAUGCAAGCUUAGAGAUGGCUAAAGUCAGCACCCAGACUGCUUCCGUCACCAACCCUGUUGACCUGAACAUGAACCUCUCUCAGUCUGCUACCCCUACCUCCACCCCCACCUCUGUGGCUGUUUUGGCAGCAGCAGCAGCUGCUUCUGUGGUCAAUGUGAACACUCCUUCCCCUUUACCAACACCCCACUAUGCCGCUCCUGUCUCCAAUCUGCUUGGCAUGAAUACUGUCCCACUCUUGCCGCUUAAUGCCGCAGCUGCUGCAGGGACCACAGGGAAUUUAUCUGCUUACUCUCCCAAAAUUCCAUCGACGAGCGGGGUUAAGAAAUCUGAUCGGCAGAAGUUUGCUCCGUAUUGAAGGGAUGUGAAUAUAGUUUUUCCGGUCUCUACCAAGAUCAUGUGGUAGAAGAUGAAUGCUAAGGAAACAUUUUAAAUUUUAUUCAUUUGUAAUGUAAUUGUUAACUCAUAAAAUUGUCUUCCACCUUCCACUACUAUCAACAAAGUGAUGCAACUAGUUCCAACAGCUUACUGACCUAUUUUAUAAGAGAAAGAAAUCUUUUCCAACAAUUGGAGAUAAAGCGGUCAAGCAUUUUAAUUGAAAAUGACAUGUCCUACACCACUGACUACUUCUACACUAGAUAUCAAUUGUAAAAACUAUGUAAAGAGCAUUUCAAAAGUAGUACAUGCAUUGGUGAAUUGUCACAAAACGAGAAGACUCUUAGAACAAGUCAAAAGUCAAGGAGGAUUAAAAUAGCUGUAAUAAUGGGUAAACUGCCCUAGGGUGGAAUAUUGUGUGGAAGGGUGGGUUGGUGAAUCAGACAGUGAGGAAUGGACAAUAAUCCAACCUGCUCGAUUAUUCUUCCACUACUGUAACUGGAAGAAGAAGUGUUACGGUGUGUAAUACUCCCUGUCUCUGUUGUUUUUUUCUCUCUCCUCAUGUGAUUUUAUUUCUCCAAGCAGUAAAGAUGAACAUCUUCCACGGGUUUCAGUGAUAUAGGAAAGAUCGAUAUGAUUGAUUUAAAUCCAUAGAUUCAUAGAGUUAUACAGGAUGGAAGCAGGCCCUUCAGCCCAACUCAUCCAUACCAACGAGGAUGCCUAUCUAAACUAAUCCCAUCUGCCUGCGUUUGUCCCAUAUCCCCCUAAACCUUUCCUAUCCAUGAACCUGUCCAAAUGUCUUUUAAAUGUUGUUAUUGCAUCUGCUUCCACCACCUCUACUGGCAGCUCAUUCCAGAUAUUCACCACCCUCUAUCCCCUCAGAUCUCCUUUAAACCCUUCCACUCUCACCUUAAGCCUAUGCUCUCUCGUUUUGGAUUCCUCUCUGCUGGGAAAUAAAACUAUCUACCCUAUCUAUGACACUCAUAAUUUUAUGAACCUCUAUAAGGUCACCUCUCAGCCUGUUUCACUCCAUGGAAAACAGCUCCAGUCUAUUUGUUCAGUGAAAGCAGUUUUCAGUCAUUAAUUAAUUUUGUGGCAUACAGUCAUAAAAAGCAAUUAUGAGCUUGAUUUUAAUCUUGUAGAUGAAAAUGAGGACCAUUUUUGUGGCAGCAUCGCAAUAACAUACUGGUUGUCAUGUUCCAAAUUAAAACUGCCUAGUGGUCAGUGAAAGUUGCAGCCAUUCAAUUAAAACUGGAAUCCAAUAUGGAGCCAUCGAGGUCCAAGGAAAUGGUGGACAAAGACAUUAAUAUUAAAUUGAAAAUAAAUAGUUUGAGAGAUUAAAUUUGUAGCUGAAAUGCAAAUCAUCUCAAAAAAGCCUAUACCCUAUGGCCUGAUUGGUUGUUGGGUUUCGGGCAAGCUAACUGCAAAUGCCAAUUGAAUAUCCAGAUUACAGUUUGCCUGUAGAAGCCUGAGCAAUUUCUGUGAAAGAGUUGUGUGAUUCACAAAUUAGGUCACAGAAUACUGUACACAAUUUAGUUCCAGGAAGAAUGGGAUUGGACUAAUGAGGGCACAGACGAUAUUUCCAAAGCUGUUGCAACGAUGGGAGAAUUUUAGUUCUGAGGAAGGUUUGUCUAGGCUAGAGUUACUCUCUUUGGAACAGAGGAUGUUGAGGGGAGAUUAAAGCAGAGGGACCAAGUUAAAUGGGAUUGGAUGACCUUUGUCUCAUAGCAAGACAUAAGAUAUCUCCCCUUAAGUUAUUAUUUAUAUUUAUUUCAUACAUCAUAGAGGCAACCAUUCUGCCCAUUGAGUCUGUGCCAGUUUUCCAUUCCCCUACUUAUUUCCCUGGAACCUAUUCUCUCUUACAUGCCCAUCAACUCCCCCUGAUUCUCUGCCAUCCAUCUACAUGAAGGACAGUUUGCCCUAGCCAAUUAGCCUACCAGCAUGUCUUUAGGAUUUGGGAUGAAACUGGAGCACAUGGGGGAAAUGCACACAGUGAAGGGAGGAACUGUAACCUCCACACAGACAGCAUUGAAGCCUUGCUGCAGCUGCACAUCUGCUGCAUAGGUGUACUAUUCUAUGAAGAGAAAGUUUACACCCUGAGGGUGGUGCGUUUCUCACAGACACUAUGGUCGAAAGGCAAUCCUUGCCAUAAAUUUCUAUGAGUUCAGACUACCUCCAGCUACCAUCCUAUUUGCAGGAAGGAACUGGGAAUGAAAUAGAAUGGAUGGGAGGAGAGAUGAAGUAGAAGGGACCAUGCCUAGGUCACCAUCAUCUUGCAGAAUUUUUGAGGAGCCAGUAAGUCCACUCCUGCCAUUUCUUAGUACCUUUCUUUGGUUCCUAUGAGAACCAUAAUUAGGUCAGUUAAGGCCCAAAAUAAAAGAAGUUUGGCUGCUCAAAGCAUGGAGUAACUGAGCAGUGUCUAUCAGACCCAAGCUUUGCUGAUUUGUACAUGACUUUCCAUUGGAUGUCUCAUAACCAAGGUUCAGUCCACGAUUUGCAAAAGCAAAGCAGGUGUUGUCUAGUUCAGGUGGAUGCUCUGUACAUCUAAAAGUCACAGUGGAAAGUUGGAAAUUCUUAUAUUUUACUUUCUAUCCAAAAGUGCCAGGAUUUUGAAGUUCGUUGAGAAAACAUUACAUUUGUAUUGGACAAGCACACAGAAGCAAGAUAUUGAAUUCCUUACUGUUUACUGCCUACCAGGGGAGUUGUGUGUGCAGGUAUCACAGGGAGAUCACCAUGCAGUCCUACAUUUGCCUAGCAGGGCAAGGCAGAGAAAAAUCAAAUGUGGCCCUCUAUAACUUUUAUGAUGUAGUCCUGGAUACAGAGUUGUAAUGUAAUUAGCCAACUCUGCCUGUAAAAACACUUUGGACAGAAUCAUGGUUGAUCUAGCCCACCACCUGUGCUAGUUAUCUAUGCAUUUCCCACUGAUGCAUUGAGAAUCCAUUUGUUGAGCGGACUUCAGUGCCUUGGCUAAGCCUUGAGGGGUAGUGGGCUGCAAAUGAGGGCUAGGACCCGGGUGGCAGGGCCUGAAGCCCUGAUUCGGGUAUUCCUUGGUAACUUCUGAUAACUUUCUGCCGUUAAAGAGCUGCUGAACAAUUUUAAAUGUGCCUGGGUUAUUUAAAAUAAAACACAUUGGAGUGGAUUUGAAUAAUUUAGAAAAAUAAUUAAGAUAAAAUUAAGUAAAUUUACUUAAAAUGCAUUUAAAUUGAAGAAAUGAAUUAAACCAUGAUAAUUAAGUAAAAUUUAAAAAAAAAACAUCAAUGACCUUUUUUAAUUAACAUUGACUACCCUUUCAUAUGAAUAGGGUCAUAUGAUAUACCCCAGAUGUCCCUGAAGUCAGAUAUGAAGUGCAUCUGGCCCUUCCAAUCACUAUGUUUAUGAUUUAGUCCUCAUAACAGUGUUCAGUGGAGAGUUAGAGCAGGAAGUUGUAUGAAUCUGUUCUCAGGAGAAAUCUCCUUGAAGAUCUAGCCCGUUAUUGAAAAUGUGAGCUUGGCAGUCUGCAUGGUCAGCAUAAACAUCCACAGUCUGUAAACCCUGCUAAGUUAGUUCAGAUGGGUUAGGCAAUAUUAGAGUAGCUUGAGGUAAGGAAAGGGAAAUCAUCCCAUAGCUGCUUUGAAUUGCUUCCCAAUGAACCCUGGUUUAAUGUAGACGUCAAGUGAGCCUACGUUUUAGAAUGCAAGGUUCUUAAUAGUCAGGCAGCCUGCAACCUUCACAUUCAAUGUAUGAAGAUCCACCCCUUGACAAUAUUGCAGCAGAAUGCCAUUAGGUCUAUCAAUGCCAACAUUUUCAGAAGCGGGAAAGGGAAAAUUUAAAAAGCAUAGAUAAGUGUAAUUGGGCGGAGGGGUUCAUUGGGCUGGAAGGGCCUGUUACCGUGCUGUAUAUAUUUAAAAAAAAGAGUUGUAAUCUGCUGUUAGGUUAACUUUUACAAAAUUGAGGAUAAUUUUCAUCUUCAGCACCUGGGCAAUAACCAUUUGGUGCAGAUUUAGAUGGGGUGAAGAUUAAAUACAUUUUAUCAUUAGUGUAAUGUCUGUUCCAGAGAUUGUUGUAUAUUUAAUAAUGUAUACUGAAUUAUGGUUUAAUUUUGUUUUUAUGAGGCACACUAUAUGUAGGGUGUUUUAAAGGCUGACACUAAAAUACUUCCAAAAUGUUUUUUUUAAUGGGAGAAUUGAAAAUUUACAAUCUAAUCAUCUGUUGUAAGUUUCUUAUAACCAACAUGUUACAGGCAAAGUAAGAUGAGCCAAAAUGCAUUGUUAAUAUGUGGUGGAUGGUGAAGAAUAUAUAUCAUAGCAGUAUUGUAUGUUUGUGUGUGUAUCCAAGAAUAUUAAAAAAAAUUAUGCUUGCAUGUUAGGAAUUAGAUGAGGGAUUUAAUAUAGAUUGAGAUCAAUUAGGGAUUCACAAUAGGCUGAAGCCAUAACAAAGACUUAUUUCAGUGUAUCUGCAGAAAAAAAACUUGAUCAGUCUUACAAGUAUCACAAGUAAAACAUCUUCUUUGCAGUAUAGCAAGCUUAACCAAAGAAUGGCUAUGCCAUUUAGUCCAGGAAGAUCCUUGGCUGAGUCCCUAUCAGUGCUCCGUUGAAUGUAUUUGUGUAGAUGGCAACUUAGUGAUCCAGUUACCAAUAAGUAAAAUUGAUCAGAGUUAUUCGUUCUGUUUGCUAUUCAGCAACCCCUUUUAUAAUGAAUAUGUGUGGACACCAGGAUGUGCAAAGUAUUAGACACAGCAAUGCUGCCUUCAAGCCAAAUAGUUUGUUGACAUUAACUUUCAAUUUCUUACAUUAAUAAUUGCUAUUUAGACAAAAUACCUGAAGGGAAGAAUGAGGAGGAGUAAGUAAUCGAAAGAAAAAAUAAUCAAUGCAGAAUGAGUCAACAGAUUGACUUCUGGAUAUUUUUAUAAAAACAAAUUAGAAGGGAUGGGGAUCCACCUCAUGACUGGGCAUAAGGCAUAAAAUAUGAAUUGUAUACUUUGAAAAUAGUGCCAAUGAAUUUGUUGAUUUAAUUAAAUUUCACUAAGUACUGGGUCAUUAUCUGUUGGAGCUAGUUAAUAUUAAUUGUUUUGUUUUGCCCAUUCAUCUUGUUUUAAUUUAGUUUUGCAGCACUGAUGCAGGACUAUAAUAUUUGUAUUCCUCUGAAUUCAUAUAAUCAUCAAUCAUAACAUUCACUUUGCACUCUAUAGACCAAUAUAUAAAGCUUUAUCUGUAUUGAGAAUAUUUGAAUAUAUAUUGGAGGGAAAAGGAGCAAAAUACAAAUGCAACAUUUGUUAAUAAGUGACAUUUUAAAACACAUUCUGGUACAUGGUUGUGUAGGGCAAUAAGUAUUACAAUGUAUGUUACUGUAUUUUGGAGCUCUCUACAACUUUAGCAAAAUUGCACUAAUUUGUACUUUAGAGUUAGAACUGUUGUUCUUAUGGUGUUGUUUAUUUUAGCAGUGUAUUUUGUUUGUCUGUAUAUAAUGAAGGAAAUAUUUGGAAGCAAUGUUCAAAAAUCUCAUCUAGUUAACAACUUGUUCUCUUAAAAUUUUGUUGUAAAUUUUUAUCCUAGAAUCCUGUUCUUAUUUAUUGCUGAAAAUAUUGUCAGGAUAAGUGGAUGAAUCAUGUACUAGUGUUUCAACAAAAUUACAAAGUUGAGAAGUACUUUGCUUUUCUGUUUUUCUUGAUUUUGUUCCUGCAUUUUAGGCUCACUUCAGAAGUUUCUGGCCUGGGGGCUCUGUAAUGUAUCCGUCAUGCAAAACUGCAUUAGUCACAAGACAGAACAUUCUCACUGGCCCAUGUGACAAUGAUUUCUAUGGACUUUAAUCUACAGAAUAAGAGAAGAAUUCCUACCAUUUCUAACUCUGUUCUUAAUAUUGAGGAAUAAAUGCUUUUGCUGCCUCAACUAUUAAAUCUAACUCUUAUGUUACUACAUCAUUCUUACAAUUUUAAACAUCUUUUUGUAGCUCAUGUUAUUUAAAUGUUUAAAGAUUUUUUUUCCCAGAGGUGUUCAUCCUUUAGCAACUCUUUUAACAAAGCAUGGGCUGGUAGAACUCCAAUUCUGUGUCCUCUGUCAUAGAUGUUAAAGCAACUUUAAAAUUAUGAUUUUUAUAAAUAAAAAUGCACCUAAGGAAACCUAAAAUCUGUGAGCCAUAUCAUUAGAUGGCAUAUUUACAAUUGCUUGUUGUGAGUUUUAUUAAAAUGUUUAUGGAAAUUAUAUUUAAUAAAUUGUCUGAUAUCUGACAGACUUCUGCA